GUAUUUGGAAGAAUCAACUACAAACUUAGAAAAAAAAAGUGAGACGAAUUUCAUCCAAAGUACUUAAAAGUCUCUCUAUAUAUUGUUGGCCAAGAAAACUAAUAUAUAAUUUAACACAAAUCUUUUUUCUUUUAUGAUGUUGAAGAGAGAGAGAGAGAGAGAGAGAGAGAGAGAGAGAGAGAAUAAGAUGUUGAAAAGGGAAAAAAAGAAAAAGAAGGCUUUAUAUAAACAGUUGUGUUCAUAAGAUGUUGGUUUAUGUUAAGAAGAAAAAGGAAGUAAUAGGAUGUUAUUGCUUUUGUCCCAAUUUUGGCAUUGUGGGGCAGUGUAUGUGUAGUCAGUUUAGAUUAUUCUUUGAUAAAGUAUCAUUUAUAAAGCAUUCUGGUGUAAAUUAUGUGGGGAAGUGUAUGAAGGCUUUAUAUAUAAGUGAAUGUUAAUUUCGGUGGUGAAACUAAAAUUGUUGAACAAAAUCAAAAAGCAAUGUUUGAAGGAGGAACUGAUGAUAAUGGGGGUGGUGCUCAGCCGCUUCUGCUUGCUUCCCUCUCCGCCCCUACUACUACUACUUCAAACAAACCCGCUGGUUUCAAGUUGAUCCAGCAAAUAGUUUUAAGCAUUCGUUUCCUUCUGAUCUGCCUCAACAGAACCAGAUCGCCGCUGCCAUUACUUCAUACGCCCAUUGACGAUAUAAUCCCCUUGGAAGAAGAAAGGGCGGUGAUUGACGAUAUAAUCCCGUCGGAAGAAGAAAAGGAGGUCAUUGAUAUUGCCCGUUUGGAAAAAGAAAGGGAAAUGAAGAAGGAUCGUCUUAAGGAGAUUGUGAAAGAGAAGAAUUUAGCAGCACUAGAGACGGACUUCUGCGGUGUAGGGGAGGCUGUUUCAUUUCUUCAUUCCCAAUGGGACACACAGAUUGAUGCAAUUGGGGAUUUAGCGCAAACAGGAUUCUGGGACUCAUUGCUCCUGUUUCUAAAAGCCUUUUGGUCAUCUUUGUACAACUCCUUCAACAGCUCUACAAUCUUGCUCUUGGUAUUUGCUGCUGGAUUUUCUUUGGCCAUCGGAUCCAUUGAACAAGGACUUAAACAUGGCUGGCACGAUUGUGUUGGUAUACUCCUAGCUGUUUUUCUUCUUCUAUUUUUCUCUUCGGUUUUAGGCUUUUGCAAGAAAAAGGCGGAGGAGAAGAAGCGUUUGAAGAUCAAGAAUAACUUUAAAGUGACUGUGAAAAGACAUGAAGAACUUCAGGAGAUAUCUGUAUUUGAUGUUAAGGAGGGAGAGAUUAUCCAUUUGAAGAAGGGUGAUCGUGUUCUUGCAGAUGGGUUGCUAAUAAAAGGUAACAACCUGAUUCUGGAUGAAGCAAUCAACUCCCACAUUGACCCUCGUCGAAAUCCAUUUCUGUUAUCUGGUUCUGUGGUUGAAUAUGGCGAAGGAGAGAUGCUUGCAGUAUCUAUCGAUCGCGACACUGCUUUUUGGAAAGGUCUGCUUGAUGUGAUUGUUUAUCCUUCACAAGAAACACUGUUCCAAUCUCGAAUCAACAAACCAUAUGAAUUUUUUGAAAAAUUCUCUCUUGGAUUGUAUUUGAUGGUGCUGCUUGUUGUUCUAACUCGUCUUCUUUGUGAAAAGCACGAGCAUGGUAAUUACUACAAUGAUAAGCCGGAAACUAAGGGGAAAUUGACGGUGGCCUUUAUAGGAAAUGCCUUCCAAAGAAUGUCCUUUGUGUUUGGGAAGUACAGAGUUUCCUCCGUGGCAACUGUUGUCUUUACCAUGGUAGUAGGAAUACAGCAUGGGAUGCCUCUUGCAAUCACUUUUUCCCUCUCUUUCUGGAGAGAAAAGAUGAGAAGAUCUCACAAAGUAAACUGUCAGAAUCUGUCAGCUUGCGGAACUUUGGGACUUGUUUCCGUAAUCUGUAUUGACGUCGCUGCUGAGUUGUCAUUUUGUGAUGUUGAGGUUGAUGAGUUUUACGUUGGAGAAGAAAAGAUCAACCCUGGUAUGGAAUUUCAUCUUGAUGUUCAUCAAGGCUUUGAGGCAGCAUCCAGAGUUUUACGCAUUGAUCCCAAGACUACUUUUCUUUCAGAAUAUUUGCUCGAUUUCUGGAAAAAUUCAGGAUUGAAAAUCAAUAAUGAACCUGAUCUUGAUCAGAUGUUUGACAUUAUUGAUCAUAAAUUCUUGAGCUCAGAAGAGAGCAUGGGAGUAUUGGUGAACAAAACUAGAGGAGGAGAUACUGUAUCAAAUCUUAUUCACGAGCACUUUUAUGGUGAUGCAUCAACUAUUCUGAAUAUGUGCUCAAAUUACUAUGACAUAGGAGGCAGAGUUCAUGACAUAGAAAACAGAAAUGAUGUGUUGCAAACGAAGAUUAAAGAAAUGGAAGAAAAGGGUUUAAGACCCAUUGCGUUUGCUUGUAAACAGAAAAACGAUCAAACAGGGUUUGAAGGAGAGUUAAAGCUGCUUGGAUAUAUGGGUCUUAAGAUCUCACAUGAAAAAAUACAGCAUGCCUUGAAAGAUCUUCAAAAUAUUGGUAUAAGAAUCAUAUUAACAUCAAAGGAUAACGUUUCUGUGAUCAUAAAAAUGGCUGGUGAUCUUGGAACUCGGUGUGAUCCCAACAACAGGCAGACUGAAGGUGAUCAAAGAUUGAGGGAAAUAUUAAUGAAGAACAAUGAAAGGGAGAAAAAUGAGCUAAUGAAGUCAAUUACUUUUAUGGGGAAAGCAACCUCUGACGACAAGCUUGUGUUAGUAAAAGAACUAAAAGCUAAGGGAGAAACUGUUGCUUUUAUAGGAGGUUUGACAUCAGGAGAUGUUCCAACUUUGAUAGAAGCUGAUAUUGGGAUUAUACAAGAAAACAGAAGUACUAAAGAAUGUAAACUGGUUUCUGAUCUGAGGUAUGAAGAUGUUACAUCCUUAAACCAUACACUAAAAUAUGGCAGAAGCAAUUACCUCAACAUUAAAAAAUUCUAUCAACUUCAACUCACUGCUUUAAUCUCUGGGCUUCUAAUAACUUUGAUCUGCACCAUGGUGUCUGGAAAAUCUCCCAUAACCUCAUUUCACCUCACAUGGGUGACUUUGAUUACUUGUCUUCUUGGUGGCCUGAUGAUGGUAAUGGAAUUAAAUGAUGAGGAAGUCCAAAACGUUGUCGGAGGCAGCGAUAGGAACCAAGCUCUGAUAACUCGAGACAUUGUGAAGAAGAUUGUGAUCCAUGUUCUGUGUCAAGCUUCUGUUUUCUUGAUUAUAGAGUAUUUGGGGCACAAGAUUGUACCCCAGAUGAAGGAAGAUGUGAGAGAUACCAUGAUUUUCAAUACUUACAUUCUCUGCCAAAUAGCAAAUCUUCUUGGUGCUAUCAGUGUGGGAUUGGUAACAAAUAGAGCAGCUGUUUUUCAAGUUGCGGUUCAAAUUCUGUGGGUUUUGAUUUUUGUGGUUGGAGUAUUGGCUGUGCAGGUGGUGGUUAUUGAGCUUCAUGGAACCAUUGUAAAUGGUGUGAAACUAAGUGCUUUGCAGUGGAUUAUUUGUUUCCUUUUUGCAUUGGCACUUGGAUGGGCUUCUUACAUAUUCUUGCACUUUGCUAUCCAUUGAACAUUAGGAUGGUUUUUUUGUGUUGAUAUAGUUUUGACCUAUUAUUUGCAUAAGGGUACACAAAAUUUAUUUUUAUAAUAUAUGAUUAUUAUAAUUUGUGUUUGAAGGGUAAGUAUUCUAAUUUGUGUUUGAAGGGUAAGUAUUCUAAUUUGUGUUUUGUAAUCUGAGUUUGGUGUGCAUAGAUGGUUUUAUUGUUUUCACUCAUUAAGAGGGUGUUUGAAGCUUAAACAAAGUUAUUAUAAUUUAAGAUUUUUAUAGUUUAUGUUUGUCAAGUGCAAAGUAUUAUAGUUGAAGUUUUGUAGUUUGUAUCUAGAGUAAGUAUUAUGAUAUUGAUUGUUAUAGUC